AUCCACAGCCGAUCCGAUGCCGGUCCAUCAAGUAAAGAAUCUAAAUACUUUCGCGCCUAAACCAACCAGAAAACAGCGCCAAAGAGGGGCAAAGCAGAAACGCCUGAAACCGCCGCUACAAACGCUGCUCAAGCCGCCGUCACCAUACCAGCACCAGCCAAACGUUAACGGAGCGUUUCCCGUUCUUUCUUCUCCUUAGAGAAGAGGAGCUAAUGGAAGUUAAUCAACAGGCUAGAUGUAGAGAGUUGGCUAAAUCGUCCUCAUUUUAUAGUACAGUUUACUCUGAGAUAGAAGAGGUUGGAUGGGAGCAUUUGGUGAGGGCCGGAGGAGACCUAAGUUUCCUUAUUUUUCGUGUUUUUUGCUAUCCUGUUAUCCUUCUUGUAUAUUUCGGUGCUAGAGAUAAGAAGGGAAGAGUGCAUGUUAUGGAAAUUCAAUUGGAUAAAGCUUAUCCUAGAGUUCCUCCAAUGGUUUCAGCGGAUGUUCCCUAUGUCUUCAAUUUAAAAUGGUCAAUGAACUCGAGACUGAAAAACUUGGUACAACAGUUUGAGAAGCAUCUGGAGAAGCUUCAAGCAUUCUGGUCUACUUUGGAUGAAAUUGACAGGUCCCUUCAGAUUGUUGAUUCAAAGCAAGCAUCUCGAGCCAUUCCGAGUCGCCAAAUCCACGUAGGAAAUGGUUGCUUCAUCAUAUUGUUCAUCGAUAACAAUGAUCCUAGAUCAUUACCAGAGUGUCGUUUUAUGGGUUUAGGUAAUACUGUGAACUCCUUGAGAAAGACAUGGAAAAGAAAUGUUGAUAAAUGGGAGAGGGACAAAGCCUUUUUAGAAAAUCUUGAGUGUCUUUUGAACACCCAAUUGCCAAGGCUUGCUGAUGCAGAGACCAACAAUCAUCUAGAUGAAUGUGGAAUCUGUUAUGCUCAAUAUCUCCCCAUUGGUGAUGAGCUUGGACCUCAGACUGGAAGUGCAACUGAUUACACUUGUGAGAAUAACAGUUGUAGUAAGGCUUUCCACAGCAUGUGCCUACUGGACUGGUUAAGGUCGAUCACGACGACAAGGCAGUCAUUCAAUGUUCUGUUUGGAAAUUGUCCUUAUUGCUCAGAGCCAAUUGCAGUGAAAAUCAAUGCCACAAAUAAUUAAAGAUCUUAUAAGUCAUAAUCUAUGAUCCUAAGCUGAUCCAUCCUGUCCCGGAGAACCCUUUCACGAGCAGAAGAGGCGUGUGAAUUUCAAUUACUGCCAAAGCAGCAAAACUCUGAAGAUUAAAGCUUCUCUUGUCCAUGCAGGUACCUAAAACCAAUUCCGUUUUGCUGAAAUAAGAAGCAUUCAAUGUAGGUUUGUGCCCACUAGCACUAUACAAUUACCUUAUGGCCAACAAUGAUUUGUGGCAUUCCCUUCUUUAUGUUUUGUCCUGACUUAUCUAAGGCAUUAUUUACUUUGAUCAAAAGUGUUUCACUUGAUUGGUAGAGUUUCCUUGAAUAUUAGAUUCUUUGUCCCAACACAUUCAUUUCUUUGCCACUGGUAUGUCAUAUUCCAACAAUAUGUUACCUCUAUUAAAUGACUGCUUUUAGCUGGAAUUCAAGCAUGUUUUGUUUCA